GGCGAGUAUUGUGUGCGCGCUGCGGCGCGGGGGCGGGGGGAGGAGGAAGGAGGGAGGCUGCGCUCCGGCGGCUCCGCGCCCCGCACUCCCGGACCCGAAGCCGGGAAGUUAAAUAAUGGCUGAGACAAGUCUGAUAGAGGCUGGGGCCUCUGCAGCCUCCACAGCUGCUGCUCUGGAGAACUUACAGGUGGAAGCGAGUUGUUCUGUUUGCCUGGAGUAUCUGAAGGAUCCUGUCAUCAUCGAGUGUGGACACAACUUCUGCAAAGCUUGUAUUACCCGUUGGUGGGAGGACCUUGAGAGGGAUUUUCCUUGUCCUGUCUGUCGAAAAACAUCCCGUUACCGCAGUCUCCGACCUAAUCGACAACUGGGCAGUAUGGUGGAAAUUGCCAAACAACUCCAGACUGUCAAGCGGAAGAUCCGGGAUGAGAACCUCUGCCCCCAGCACCAAGAGGCCCUCAGCCUCUUCUGCUAUGAGGACCAGGAGGCUGUAUGUUUGAUAUGUGCAAUUUCCCACACCCACCGGGCCCAUGCUGUCGUGCCACUGGAUGAUGCCACACAGGAGUAUAAGGAAAAACUGCAGAAGUGCCUAGAACCCCUGGAACAGAAGCUACAGGAGAUCAACCGCUGCAAGUCCUCUGAGGAGAAGAAGCCUGGUGAGCUAAAGAGAUUAGUGGAGAGUCGCCGACAACAGAUCUUAAAGGAAUUUGAAGAGCUUCACAGACGACUAGAUGAAGAACAGCAGAUGUUGCUUUCACGACUAGAAGAGGAGGAACAAGACAUUUUACAACGCCUCCGAGAAAAUGCUGCUCACCUCGGAGACAAACGCCGGGACCUGGCCCACUUGGCUGCAGAAGUGGAGGGCAAGUGCUUACAGUCUGGCUUCGAGAUGCUUAAGGAUGUCAAAAAUACCCUGGAAAAAUGUGAGAAGGUGAAAACCAUGGAGGUGACAUCAGUAUCCAUAGAGCUGGAAAAAAACUUCAGCAGUUUUCCCCGACAGUACUUUGCCCUAAGGAAAAUUCUUAAACAACUAAUUGCGGAUGUGACCCUCGACCCUGAGACUGCUCAUCCUAACUUAGUCCUGUCAGAAGACCGGAAGAGUGUCAAGUUUGUGGAAACCAGACUACGGGAUCUCCCCGAUACACCACGGCGUUUCACCUUCUACCCUUGCGUCCUGGCAACUGAGGGUUUCACCUCAGGUCGACACUACUGGGAGGUGGAAGUGGGUGACAAGACCCACUGGGCAGUGGGAGUCUGCCGGGACUCUGUGAGCAGGAAGGGUGAACUGACUCCACUCCCUGAGACUGGCUACUGGCGGGCAUUCGGGCUGGUCGGAAGAAUGCUGCACCACUUACCAUCAGGCCCCCAACAGAUUGGGAGUGACAGGCAGAGACAUGGUAAUAAUUGGGCUAAAAGAAGGGUCAAAAGAGCUGUGGUCCUUCCUUCCUGUGACCUGCUGGAAUGUCUUCAUGUCUACCUGGCUCCAAGUCUGAACCGUCUAGGAGAAACACAUUGGUUUCUCGAAUGGUUUGUGUGUGGGGGUGGGGAAAGGACUGGACACAACUGAAUCUCCCUCCUAUCAGAGUGGAGAGCUGGUUUCCAGGGGGUCAUCUUCCCUGAGGUCCAUCAGGGUUUCUACUGCUCAAGAAUAGGUUGGGGAAGGAGAGCUUUUCCAAGAAUAAAAUGUCUAUGGGAGGGUUUGAGUUGCUCAAGCCCCUCUACAUCCCGGAAGAGGUUCUUUGACCCAGAAUAACACUAUUGAGAAUUCAAUCUGUUGUGCCUCUAGAUUGAAUCAUGAUGAACCACAGUUGUUUUUAUAGGCCUAGAAGUGGAGGGCAUUUUCUGAGGGUAUCAAGAACGUGAGAAGGAAGGUCUGGAAAAGCUAUAGGAACUGAUACCUAAAGAAUAUAGGAGAGGAGAGAUAUUUCUUUGAUUGCCAUAGGUGUAGGUAGGAUUGGUCAAAGGUAGAGGUGUAGGGAGGAGAGAGUGAGGAGAAAGGAGAGGAAUAUCUAGGUCCCAGCCUCAGUCUUCAACAGAGCUGACUUAUCACCUGUUCCUAAUAACUGAUUGUCUCCAAGAAGUCAGUCACCUUACUCCUCUCCGUAGGUGAGGUGCCAGAGAUCCUACAAAAUAGUCUGUCACUGUGUUCCCAAGGGAACUUGGGAAGAAAAGAAUCGGUAUUAGAGGACAGAGGAAAGUAUUUCUACUCAAAAUCCUUAGAGAAUGUUACUGAGUAAGUAGCUAGUCCCAAAUUGUCAGCUUUGUUACCUGAGUAAGGUAUAUAAACUAGAGAGGGAAAAAAUAAAUGGAGUCUUCCUCACCCUCAGACAGGGUAGAAGAGAAUGUGUGUGUGGUAAAGGCCAGAUCAGUAAUUUCUUUUUUGUCAGUGUGCUUCUGGCCUUGGACCUAGCCUUCACAAGAGCCAAUCUGUUGAUUGUUCCUACCACUCACCUUCUGCCACUUUCUCUACCAGAGAAUGUAAAUCAUUUUUAAUUAAUUUUUAGGCCAAAAUAAACAACCAGUAAGGUACUUUUGUUGUCCAAACACAGGUCAAGCACUGCAUGCCAAACCAGAUUAAGAUGACUUAGAUUAUCUGCUACUUGGGUGAUCAGCAGUUUACAGACGUUUGGGACAAGAAACUGCAGUUUAAGGGUGUCUCAGUUUCUCCUACCACCUCAACAGGACUUUGUCCAGACUCUCCUCUUACCUUUGUGCCUUGACUGUGGUUCUUUGUGGAAAAAUGCUUUGGAUGGUAAACAUAAUAUGGAACAAAGGAUCCACUGAAGUGA